CUAAUUUUUUUGUGUUUUUGUUCGGGUCAUACGAUUCAAAAAAGGAAAGAAAACAUAAAUCUUAGUGCACUAGAUUAAUGAGUUCCUUAAUGGCUAAGAAGUGCGAAUUGUAUAUGGUCGUUUUCAUGGUUGGGAUGCAACUUUUAUAAUUGAACACCCAACACACGGAAAGCCGAAAAGACAAAAAAGCAGAUCAAAGCUAUGGCUGUUUUUGAAUUCUCGAAGCUUUUGGCCCUAAAGUUAAAGGCACAAUUGAACUUGUGUUCAUUUAAAUACAGAAGCUAAAGCAGACAUCACGUCUUAAGAUUGCAAGAAUCGCCUUCCCUUAGUCCUUUCAGAUACACGAGACACACUCAUAGUAUCUCUCAACAAUGUAUCGUCGUUUCAUGAGCAACACGGUGGUCGGUUUCCUGAACCUCCUCUCGCUCUUGGCUUCGAUACCCAUCAUCGGAGCCGGCCUGUGGAUGGCGAUAAGCGGUACCACGUGCGAACACACCCUCCAGACGCCGCUCCUUGUCAUCGGCUUUGUCAUCCUCGUCGUUUCCUUGGUGGGAUUCAUCGGGGCGUGCUUCAACAUCGUGUGGGCGCUCUGGGUCUACUUGGUGGUCAUGCUGUGCCUCAUAGCGACCUUGAUGGCCUUCACUGCGUUCGGGUUUGUGAUCACCGCCCACGGCGGCGGGGUGGCGGUUCCUGGCCAUAAGUACGAGGAGUACAGGCUCGACGGGUACUCGCCGUGGCUGAGGGACAGGGUCAAGGACCCUCGCUAUUGGAGGAAGAUCAAGAGUUGCAUUUUCAGUUCAAGGACUUGCGAGAAGAUUGCCUCCUGGACGCCUAUGGAUUACUUAGUGAAGGAUUUGUCUCCUGUACAGUCAGGAUGCUGCAAGCCACCGACGUCUUGCGUGUACAACGUGGAGACGGUAGCGCCACAAGACCCGGACUGCUACAAGUGGAACAACGCGCCAACGUUGCUGUGCUACGACUGCGACUCGUGCAAAGCGGGAGUGCUCGAGGACGCGAGGAGGACGUGGCACAAGGUCUCGCUCCUCAACGUCGUCGUCCUCCUGCUUCUCGUCCUGUUUUACUCCAUCGGUUGCUGCGCCUUUCGGAACGCCAGAAGAGAAGACGAGCUCUAUCACUACCCUUACGGACAUCACCCUGGCAUGCCCAAAUUUUGGCCCAGAAGGCACAACAACUAUUGGUGGUGUUGUUGAUCCGCAUCGAGAUGGCUGCUGAUGAAACUGGGCAUGAGUAGAUAGCCGGUGGCUCCACCAUCCAACGUCCGCAUCCAAGAACUGUGAAUACUUAGUGCAACACAUUUGUACAUACUGGCAAAUUUUACCUCUAGAAAUGCACAGUUAAUGUAGCAACUCCUUUUUGUAAUUUUUGGUGGGUAAUUCACGAUUGCGUGCACAA